CCCCGCGCGCGAAACAUGGCGGCGAACGGCGGGAACGGAGCGGAGCGAGCGCGGCGGGCGGGGAGGGGUUAAAAGGGGCGGGGUUAAGGAGGGUGUGGCGCUGGGCGUGGCUCUGGGCGUGGCCAUGGCGGAAGCGGAGAGCGCCCCCUGCCUGCUGGGCCUGGCCACCGCCAGCGGCCUCCCGCUGUUCUGCCGCCCGCCCCGCCCCCAGGUGCCGUUCUCGUUGGUGGGGGCGCUGCACGGGGUUCACCUGUUCGGGGCGGCGGCGGGGGCGGAGCUUCGGGAGGCGGCCACGCCCACCGCGCACCUGGCCUGGGCCGGCUACGGCAACAGCAUCACCCUGAUCCUGCUCAGCCCCUCCCCCACCCCCAGCCCCGCCCGAAUCCUGGACUCCGCCUUCGGCGCCAUGGUGCUGGUGCUGGGACUGGAUGAACUGGUGCCCGUCCGCAACGUGGAGAGACUCAAACGGGACCUGAGGAGCUGCUUCGGGCUGCUGGACGCCAUCCUGAGCCCCGGGGGGGGAGGGGCGCUCGGCCCCCCCCACUGCCCCCUCCCCCCCCCCGGCCCCCGGGAGGCGCUGCAGGAGCGGCUGGAGCGUUUCGCGGGCUCCGCCCAGACGGAUUUGGCGGGAUUGGUGCUGGGGGGGGGCGGGGCCGUGCUGGGCACCGCCCGCUGGGGGGCGCUGUCGGGCCCGGACUCCGCCCAGCUGCGCGCGCUGCUGCGGCCGCCGCCAGGGGGCGCCCUCGGGCCGGGGGCGCGUGACCUGCCGCUGUUCCUGCCCAAUGGGAGCCCGCGGGUCCCUCACCGGCUGCUGCUGCUGCCGCUGCUGCCGGGGGUGGGCGUGGCUCUGCUCUGCGGGCCCCGCCCCUCCCUGCAGCACCUGCUGACACAGCUCGUGCCUCAAUUUUGGGCUCCCGUCCUGGAGCAGCUCCGGGGUCUGGCCCGGCCCCGCCCCCCCCCGCUGCCCCCCGAAGUUUUGGGGUAUCUCCUGAUCCAUCAGGGCCAGACCCAGAGCAGGAUCCUGAAGGGGGCAGGGCAGGCUGCAGCUGAUGCCCUCAGGCACCUCUACACCCUCCUGGCCCCCCAAUAUUGCCCCGAUUUGGGGGGCAGGGGCCCCCCCCGAGGCGCCAGGCUGUGUUACCUGGCGCUGCCGUCGCUCACGGGCUGCUGCCUGCUCCGGCCCGAGCUGCUGCUGCUGCUGCUGCUGCCCCCCGGGACCCCCCGACAGCCCCUGCAGGCCACGGCCCGGAGCGCCCUCAGCGCCCUGGGACAGCUCUGACACCCCAAAAUAAAAUCUGAAACACUCCUGGGACGGCCCUGACACCCCAAAAAUAAAAUCUGAAACACUUCUGAGC